AUGCAAAUGUACCUGUUAAGAAACAACUACAGUCAGCUGUUGAGACAAGACAAGCUGCGAUGUGACCGCAAUGACAUGAUCUUGCAAUCCCUCGCCAAUGUGGAGAACAGGGCCUCCAUGUUGACGGCCAAAACCGACAGACUGAGGCUUCUCAGGCAACACUAUGAAUCAUUUGUGGACCGUCACUACCCAGGUUUGAGAAAAGCCAAUGGUAGAUACCGAAGUUUUGAAAGUUUGAACAGCGACCAAAAUGAAAAUAUAUCUCAAAGGUCCUUAAGUUCUUCCCCUCGAAGAUUAUACUCAACAUCUCCUUCACCCUUCAUAAGAUCACCUUCUAUCACUCGAAGAAAUUCUUUGGUUGUUUCCAACUCAGAAAUAAUAAAUCAUCUGAGCUACAAAGUCCCUGAUAAAUUAAAAAGUCACUUUUCAAGGCGUAUGCUGUUUGAAGACACUUUGAAAAUUGAAAAAGAUUCUAAAAGUUCUCAAGAAAGGGCUUCAUCACAACCCACGAGUUUUCUACCUUUGAGAAAUUAUGAACAGGAAAACCAUUUUAAAAACAGUAUCCCAACAUUUACUGUGAGUACAACAACUGACCAGUUUAACUUGGAACAAAAACAUCUUCUUGAUGGACCUUCUGAUACUUUUCUUUUAAGAGCAGUCCUUCUCUCAGCAACAGCAUCUCUAGAGAUUCAAGCCCAGUUCUUGGCUCGACCCGAACUAUAA